UCGCCAUUUUCCCUAGGGAAUCCUGAUUUGACCGCGAGUGUACACACGUAGGAACAGGUUACACGAUCUCGUCAGUACAGGAUGGUGUUUCCCUCGCGAUGGCGGAUCUUCCUUUGGAAGAAGCGGGAUAUUGAAACGAGGGGAAAGAGAGAGGAAGAUAAUACGUUCGCAAAGUACGAUAGAAGAAGAAGAAGAAGAAAGAGAGGGGUUGGAGAGAAGCGGCGUCCGGUAAAAGAAGGGAUGAUAAAAAGGGCCAGGAGAAUAAUAAUAAAGAGACAAGGAGGCAAGAUAAUGUACGGCGUUGUGCUAGCGUCCAUUCAUGCUUUUUAUUCGUUAGGUGAUUAAACCUCGCAGACCGGCCAACCUCGUAUCUCACCUUGCCUCACCUGCCUUCCUUUCUUCGUCCUUUUCUUUCUCUUUCUGGUGCCGGUUCUCAACCGAUGACGUAUACAUCGAUACGCACACUAACGCGAUACAAUAGACUCUCGAUAUAUCGCCGCAGACGAAGAUGACGAAGUGGAACGUUAUUUUAAAAAACAGUAACGUAACAACUUUUAAAAUACCGAGAGUCUACUGUAGAUUCUUAAUAUUUGUUACAAAAUAUCUUCCAGACACUUUAUUUUAUGUAAAAUAACGAAAAUUUAUUUUUUCCACCUGUCGACCGAGGUUCCUCCUUGAAAAAAAACCCCUGAUCCUUAUUACCUAAGGGAGAAGGUACGUCGGUGUUUGUCCUUUGCAAAAACCCAUCGGGCAGACAGAGAUCUUUGGAUAAGGGCGAUAUUGAAUCGGACAGGAGGCCGAACGGAAACGAAGAACCGAGUGGAUGAUUCCGGGCAGGAUCGUCGGAAAAAGAGAAUCUCUCGAGAAAGGUAGGAGGGAAGGUAUAGUUGGUUCAGAGGCUGUGUCAAUGUGUCAGAGAGACGGUUUUCGUGUCGGGGUUGCCUUUUAUGUCCAUGUAAUGUGGGACCUGAAGGAACUCCUUCGAGAAAGAAGUGGGGCCUGCUCACAGGCCCCCUUCUACCAUCCUUGCCUGGCUUCUCCAAGAUUCCCCGAAGGAGCGACUUUCCUCAUUCCGAUUCUAUUUUAUCCAGCCGAGUAUUAUCGAGACACGGGGAGGAACUGGAUCGAACACUUGAAUGGAGCCACGGUUAGAACCAGUAUUCCAGGCUGCGGUCUCCAGUGCCGUCGUUUAGGAUCUCACAGAAGGGGGAUCCGUUUCGAGGAAGCGGUUGUCGAUUGGAAAUCGUAUGUGCCGCCCGUUGAAUGGACGAGAUCUUUCUCAUCCCUCUCUCCCUGUGCGCGGAGCCCCAUGUAUUUUUUGCCUCUCUUUCACGAUUUCUCGUUCCCUACGGUUCACCAGACGCGUGCGAUUGAUGCUGCACCCCGAGUGUACCUUUCUUCCCUUUCUUUCCAGUUUUUUUUUUUCUUCUUUCUUCCAGGGAUCCAGUUUUCGUUGCUGUUGGACUCGACCAUUGAUCCAUCAAUAGUAGUUUUUGAAUCAUUUUUUUCAUUUAGAUCAGGAACCAUUUUAAUUGAUCGAGCACCAGAUUAAUUUUCUUUGCAAUUCUGUAAUGGAAGAACAAAGAACAAAGCACCGCUUUCGUCCAAGAACGUCCCUUUUCGUGGAAGAGACAUCGGAUCGCAGGAUUUUGCCUCCAUGAAUUACCGAACGGGAUUCCAGAGCAAAUCCUGACGCGCGGGGAAUAUCUUCUUUCUUUUCCAUCGGGAGAAGACCGAUUUUGUCUCGAUUCGCUCCUCGGCGAUCGCCUUUACACGGAUUCCAUCGACUAGUUCAGGCAUUCCGAUGAUUUCGUACCCUUUACGACAUCCAGCAUCCAGAUUCGACCCCAA